AUGACUUUUUUGGCCGCACAGAAAAGGUUUGGCCUUAACAUAGAUCGAUGGUUGACAAUCCAAAGUGCUGAACAGCCCUACAAGAUUCCUGCUCAAUGCCAUCCUUUUGAAAAAGAAUGGAUAGAAUGUGCACAUGGAAUCGGUAGUAUUCAGUCAGAGAAAGAGUGCAAAAUAGAAUAUGAUGAUUUCAUAGAGUGUAUACUUCAGCAGAAAAUGAUGAGACAUAUGAGUACCAUCAGGAAGCAGUGGGAUAAGCUGAUAAAGGAAGGGAAAUACACCCCUCCACCUCACCAUGUGAGCAAGGGGGAAUCUCGCCCUAAGCAGAGCAGCUGCUGA